AUGAUUCACAUACCAGUCUAUGUAAUUACUACUGAUCCAGUUGAUAUUGUAGAGACAGCCAAUCAGAAACAAGUCAUGGUAGACGAGCAGUCCUUGAACAGACAGGAAAUAUCUUUGUAUAAAACUGCUGUGUAUUUUGCCAAGUUAAUAGUUUCUAUUUCUGUGCUGUCUGUGGCAAUGCUGUACAACUACCACCUUCUAUCCAGGCUGCACUCCAAAGACAUUGCUGGGUUUUUGAAUCUUCUUUGCGUUCUGUCUUCUGCUCUAGUUACUUUUGUUGCCUGGAACGACAGCGAAGGAAAAAACAAAGGAAAACUCAGGACUGUUGAGAACACAGUUGUGUCCAUUCUGUUUUCUCUGAUUCUGAUCAUUCCUGGCGUGCUUCUCGGCAACCCAUGGCUGUCUCUUAUCAUCACAAAUAUUCUCACUUCUACUGCUGAGUAUCCGUUCAUGCUGUUUGCCCACGCGUUUUUCUUUGCUGCAAAGUAUGUCUGCCCAGAAAGUGCUCUCAUCACGGCUUCCAAUGUGUUCCCUGCUUUAAUUGCUCUGGUCUCCUUGGUUGAGUAUGAAGUGUCUGCGUUCUACAAAAAGAAGCUCAGAAGCACAGGCUCUCUUCCUGUCUCAGCUACCACCAUUUUCACGGGUAUUCUUUUCAUCUUCUCUGUAGUUGCUUUGGUAUUCAACCUACACACGGUGCAUGCUGCCCAAAGCAUCAGCUUGUAA